AUGACACUUGCAUCGACUGCUUCGCAUAAUACAGAGCUUGCAACGCCGGUUGCCGUUGGUCUGUCCGCUUCGUUUCAUGCCAAUAUAUCAUCGCCUCAUUCAAGGUCGCCAUCUCCGUCAAAUAGCCACAUGUCGCCAGUGGCUAGUGCUCCCGUGGCAUCGACUUUGGUAAAGCAGGCGCAUACCCCAGAUCCAGGUUUACGAGAGCACCAUAGUAAACUACAGCCGCACAGUUUGCAAAACCCACCAGUACAGGAUCCGCACUACCACCCACACCCCGAGGUAAAUCGAACUUUACCCCUGGGUUCGCAUGCCAAGUCUCCAGUCGCGUGCUCCGUCUCUACAUUGCAAUGCUCCAGCAAAGCGGAAAAGAGGUCUUCUUCGUCGUCCAAUGACUUGUUAUAUGAACGGGAUCGGUUUCGAGCAAGGCUAAAGAGUUUCAACGAUGCCUCAACGACUCUUGGCACCACCGAGCUGUUAUCAGAGAAAGUGGUGGAAAAGGACCCCUGCGACGUCUGUGAUGGAAUCGGGUAUAAAACCGCCAAACUCAAUAUGGUGACCAAUAAGCCAUUGGAAAGUCAUUCUCGCUUUGAUUUUGAAAACAUCACCUUGAAUCAGUUGCGAGAGUUGUUUACCGAUUACUUCAAUAAGCCACUACCCAACGCUUUGCAUAUGUUUCCUUGGUUGCAUGGACUACAUCCGGACAAUUUCGCUCAGAAGUCUUUUUUUCUACUUCAACAACAACAACAGCUGCAACGAAAAUUGGGUUCGCAUGAUGAAUAUUUUAUGGACUUUGAUAUCUCAAAACCGAAAAACAUCAGUUUCUUGAUGUGUGUUAGCGACGAGACUAUACCGGUGCAACUACGCAACACGGUGCAACUUACAGAUAUUCUACAGAGAAUCGACGUGCCCCGGUCCGAAGUCAGGAAAAUUGUCUGCUCAAUCGCUGAAGGUGAGGAAAUGGCCGAACUAUUGGUGCAAGACUGCAUCAAGCUAAAUGUCUUGCCCGUUUUCCUUAACCUCGACCCGGACAGGGGCAUUUCGCUUCGAAAUUUCCAAAUCCAAAUCGCCAAAUUGUCCACGUGCUCCGACUUUGUCGUGUACGGAACCUCGCGUGAGCAGAUGGACUCCAUCGCUCGAGUUCUUUGGCUAGCGCAAAAGUUGGAGAAGAAUGGGGAAGGAAAAGGAGAGGAGGAAGAAGGAGAACAAAGAAAAAUCUAUGUGCUUGAUGAUCCACUAGACGAAUUGUAUGAGGCGAUAGAGUCGCCUUGGUCGAGUGAGACUGCCCCAUUGAAUUCAUUCUUUAUCAAGGCCAGAUUGCCUUUUGCCAACUUGCAAUUCAUCAACAGAGACACAUCCCUUCUUUAUGACAACAACUUCCAAAUUAACGAAAAAUUCGAAACCAUGAUGAUGUCGACUGCCACCAAGAUUUGCCAAAACGUGUGGGUGGGCAACGUUUGGGACCACCAUAUAAUGAUCCGCUACCUUCGAGAAGGGAAAAAAGUUGACGUUCAGGAGGGCGCCAAAAACAACUUGCAUAACGAUCCUCUCAACUCCCUUAUCCAUCACAAGUAUCAGCUGCCGAAGGAACUUUUUGAAAAACUACCGCAACCAAAAUCAAACUACAAGUUGUUUAUCCAGUGUACCCUUGAGGCUCCCUUUCCAGACUUGAAUGAACUUGCCCAGCUCCUAUUCCAGUACAGCAUAUCGUCUCACGAGAAUGACGACCAUGGUGAUUGGCAUCAUCUCCAAUUCCCUCCUCUGGGCUCAUUGGGCAUUGGCGACUGCAAGAGAGAGAAUCUCCAGUCGAUUGUCAACACGUGCAAGUUGAUCUACUUGUAUCUGUCUUCGAGAUCGGAUAAGGGCCUUGGCGCGCUCAUCUAUUGUUCCGAUGGCUACACCGAGUCUGCAUUGUUGGUGUUGUGCUACAUUAUGUAUUCCAUGGAUAUACCAUUAGACGAGGCUCUACUCACGUUGCAUUUGGAGUUUGGGCGCCCAUUCUACAUUUUCAGCAGCGAUUCCGUUAUUCUUCGAAAAUUGGAGCCAUUGUUGAGGCGUUACAGUCCGAAAGUCAAGACGAAUAUGGAAUGGGGUGAGUUGGAGUAUAUCUCACCCAUGAUGAUUAACGAGAUACUCUUGACGCGACUGCCCAACGCGAUUGAAACCACAACAAGGUUUGGCUUUAUUGCUAAUGAGGAGGAUUCUGAUGACUCGUCUGGUUUGAGUGAAGAAGAUGGAAAUGGCAAUGACGCUGGUAACGACAAUGACGACGAAGAAGAGGAAGAGAGGAUAUUUGGUGGCGACUGGGUUAAAGAAGUGGAAGGACUGAUUCCGUCGAAAAUCUUGCCUUAUUUGUACCUUGGAUCAAAGCCACAUGCACUGUGCUUGCCCUUGUUGAACAAACUAGGCAUCAAAAAGAUCAUCUCAGUGGGCGAGGACUUGCCCUGGCUCAACGGAUACAAGUUCCGCAAGUACAACGAGAUUGUGCUAGACGAAAAUCAAGGCCGAAAUAUCGAAAUCUACAGCAUCAUCCCUCGUGCUCGUCGCAAACUCCACUGGAACACCACGGUUGACACCGUUAUGAAGCUCAGUAACCUUGAAGACGACGGCAAAGACGAAUUGUCGAACCAACUCCCUCGCAUCUUGGAGUUUAUCGACGCAGCACGCGAAGAAGACGGCAACACCAAGAUCCUUGUGCACUGCCGAGUAGGCGUGAGUCGCAGUGCAACCGUGGUCAUAGCCGAGGCCGUGAAACGGCUCCAGGUGAGCUUACCGCAGGCCUACUUGUAUGUCCGUGUGAGGAGGUUGAACAUCAUCAUCCAGCCUCACUUGCGGUUCAUGUACGAAAUGUUCAAAUGGGAAGAAACGGUCAAGGCCGAGAAGAAGAAACAGGAUGGAGCUGACGCGUACCACGACGGCACCUGCUACUUACGAGAGAUUGACUGGUUUAUCAUGAGCCGCGAGAUUUACCGAUUGAACAUACCCUUUGUCGACAAAUAG